GACAUACUGCACGUUUUGUCAUGACUGUCUGUGGAACAUAUCGAGCCCUCAUCUGUCUGCUCACUGUUGCGAUGGCAGGAGCAGAGGUGCAGGAAAACAUCUCUCCUGAGUGUAAACAGUUCCUGUACAUGGGCACGCUGCCCAGAGGGAUUGAGGGACAGUCGUUUAAAAAGAUCUGCCAGUUCUAUGAGGGAAAACCGCGAUUUGUGACUCUGUACGACACCUUCAACCGCAUCCCUGUUUAUUCUGCGUACACCUUCAAGCGCUCAGAUGGCUCCAAGAAGGUUGAUGUGCCUUGGAUGUAUGAGCCACAGCUGUCCACAAUGUCUGGCUCCAGAGAGAUGCAGCAGUUCCCGUCAGAAAAUGUUCACAGGAGUUUUGAAGAUGCUCAGGCUGUCCUCGAUGACUACUCUGACAGCGUGAUCUUCGAGCGUGGACAGCUGAAUCCGGACGAGCACCAGGCCCAUCCUGACGACAAAGCAGCCACCUACACGCUGACAAAUGUGGUUCCUCAGGUCAGAGAGUUCAACAUCGGCCCCUGGAAACACUACGAGCACAUCAUGCGCAGGCGGCUCAACAACUACUGCCGAGGCGCCGCCUAUGUGGUCACCGGGGUCACCACCUCGGGUCACACAAUCCGCCGCCAGAACAUCAACCGCCUGGGCAUCCCCUCCUACCUCUGGUCGGCCUACUGUUGCAUUGAUUUUGACCACAACGCCCCGUACUCCGAGCGCUCCAAGUUCCCUGUGUUUGCAGCUUAUGGGCUCAACGACCGGGAGAAUAAUAAGGUUCAGGAAAUGACGGUGCGGCAGCUGGAGGACUUCCUGAAGAGGGUAACUUAUGUUGACAGCUCUUUCCAGAUCUUCUAUGACAACUGUGUGCCUCCUAACAGUGCUAACAGUGCCCUGCACCUGCCCUAAAAACAUGAAGAUGGUCCAUCAGAGUUAGUGUGGCUUCAUGUUUAUAUCAGUGUCACUAACAUGCAACAUUUAGCAGCUGAUUAGGAGUUAAUCCUCUCACUCAUUAUUCAUUUAAACUGAUUUCAUCUAAAUGUCUUGAGUAAAUAAAACUUGUUGCUCAUGCAUAACUUACAUGGCCAUUUAGUUUUGAAGAUAAUUGCUCUGUGGGUGCUUGACUGCUGAUUAAAAAUAUUUUUCACACUUAAGAAAUAAUUAGUAAAUAAGCUAAAGCUCUGGACAUCAAGCUUAGAUUUUGUUACAUUACUAUCCUGUCACAGGAUUAUUAUUUAAAAUUGCGCUGCAUAAACUUACUGUGAAGAAGCCAUAGCAUACGUGGUUGUGCUCUUCAUUCACCUUCAUUUUAUCUUUUGCUAACUUAUCCUCUUAAUGACUGAACUACACCUUCCUGUGUGAGCCUUUUGUUCAGCACAGACAGAUUAGACCAACAGUUUUACAUUUUCAUAUACAGCCUCUUUACUGCAGCAAUACUCUGCUCUACUCUUAAUAAAACAGACAAAUCCAGCACAAAACUGGGCCAAUAUCCACUUUCUAAUUUUCAUUUUGGAGUUCAUCCUAUAAAUUACAAGGAUUUUUAAAUAUAAGACACAUAUUUAUACUUCUAGAUGAAUAAUGUUUCCCAGCUGAUCCGAAUAGAAAGCAGUAAUAUCUUGGGUUCAGCAUUCGUGGUGUGGAAACCCUUUUGUUCACAUUUGGAUCAGAAACCAUGCCAUGAAAUGUGAAUUACAAAAGCUAAACUAAGUUUAAAUAAA